AUGAGCAGAUGCUUGCGCCCCGGCCGUAUCUUGCCAUUCGGUCGAACGUCAAGUACCUCACGCCUUCCUUUUAUCCCAUACCGAGCUGUAUCGCCCUUCUCCCGGUUGACAUGGACUCGGUACACACGCCAGGCUCGCCAGGCAGAGCGGAACGUGGACUAUCCAGAUGAGAUUCAGUUCCUUCGCAAAUACAACGGCGUCGCCCACCCUCCCCUCAGUCAUCAACAGAAAAGGAGUAUCGAUGGGUGGAUUCCAUUACUGAGGCGAUGUUUGCCAUCCAAAUCGCGGAAACCUGCCAGGCCUGCCGGCCAGCCUGAGCGGACUCGGCCACUGCAUGCUUCUAAGAAUGACCUUGAUCGAACUCAUGCUUUGUUGGGAUGCUGCUGGGAUGCUCGGGUUCAUUUCAACUUUGAGCUCAUUACACACCUCGGAUUUGAGUUGAAGGAUUGGUCAACUGUCCACUCUCUGUUGAGUAGCAUGAUUGACAGCUAUGAGCUGCUGGCUCCUCAUAUACCGCCAAAACAUCCCUCACCUGGCCUUGAUUGGAACCGACCAUUCCGUGUUCGCCAUAGGAAUGAGCCACCGCCUUCUCCGGACUCCCCCGACGCCAAAGAAGCCCCAUUAACCGAAAAGAUCUCGCUCAGCAAACUCACGGGAGGAACAAAGGCAACUUCACCUUGGAAAUGGGCUCGUUUGGAGCAUAUCUCAUCGGGUGGCCUUUCUCUUGAUAGUAUGACGGUGGAACCUGCGGCAAGGUUCUUCGGAGAUAGGAUCUUGGCUGAAGUGUUGGCAAAUCUUGGCUCGUUGGUUCUGGCAUCUGCAGACAGCACUGCGGAACAGUCUCAGCAAGCUAUGUCUUGUGUCUUCCGGACACUUGCACGUCUGCAUCAUGCGGGCAUGAUCUCCGACAAAGUCUAUCAAUUUCCAGCUCCGAAUACCGGUCAAAUCGUGUUCCGCCCUCCUGGGCUUGAGCUCCUUUCUCGUCCCAUCAUGGACGUUCUUUCGGAUGCAGCGUGGCACGAACACGAAGCGGUAGUAGCUGCUGCUGCUGCCGAUGCAGGGGAAAUGUCCCCUUUCAUUCCAUACAAGAUGGGCAUCCGAGAACUAGGUCCUGAGAUCUGGCUGGAGCUUAUCUUGUGGUGCUGUGUGGAGCAUGGCUUUUCCAGAACCGGUACAGCCCUCGUGCAUCAGAUGACUAGGAUGGAGGGAGAACAGGCAUGGAAGGCUGAGAGUUGGGUGCCUCUCAUUCAAGACCUUGCUACAGUACAGCAAACCAAUAUCAAUAUCGAGCAGUCAUGGCGUCGCCCUGGUCAAGACAAACCCCGGGUGUCAACGCGUCAUAAGCCACCACCUUUCAAUGGACUUGGGCCUAAAAUUAUCAGCGCUGAGGUGGUGUCUUCACUGCGUAAUGGCUUGGCCAACAAGGCUUACGUGGGAAUGGGUGAUCACGGACUCCUCGUUGGAGAUUUACUCAAGCUAUCUGCUCCUCUGGCGAAACUCAUUGAUCCUCCUACAUCCCGGGUGGACCUUCAGCCCACCAACAUGAAUACUAACUGGCACACUCUUCGCAUUCUUAAUUCAGGCUGCAUACAACCCUGGAAGGAUCCUGUGGCAUUCGAAUCUCUUCUCAGAUCCCAUAAUAAUGUUGUUCCUCCAUGGGACGGAAAUGGGGUGGAGCUCUUGGACGACCUAGAGUCGCAGCCACGGACGCACUUCUACAACGAAACCGCCGCCUUUUGCGGGUUAAUCGAGUUUAACCUCACGUAUUAUGCCAGGGAUAAGCAAGCUGGCCGCCUUUUCUCUGAAUUUGCUUGGCUUCAGAAUAUCUGCGACGCAAGCAAGGGACGUCAUAUGCAGAAGUUUUUCGACCGUCUCAAUCAAGCUCACGACGAAGAAGACCUUGCAUUCUUUGACUCUAAGCCUGUCACUGCCCAUCCACGCGGACUGGUUCAUCAAAGCUCAAUCCCGCAGGUGUCAAACGUGACCUUUGCUAACAUCAUUGAUGUGGCUACUCUAACGCAUUCCUUUGACUUUGCUCGCCAACUUCUGCUUCAAGAUGACAUGGACGGCCCUGCCGUCCCACCCGCUGCAUAUGGCUCACAAGCCCUAGCGCCAGCCAUUUUAAGAUUUGCAACAGCCACAAAGGAUGUCAAUCUUGGGCAGAAAGUCAUCUCCUCUCUUUCGGUGCCUCUCUCUGUCAACACCAUCAAGUGUCUGAUCAACUAUCACAUCUCACAACAAGGUUGGGAUCGUGUUGAAAUGAUGCUCACAUUCCUGGUUGACCACCGUGCCAAAUCCUGGGGCUACAGUAAUCUCGCUGCACUUGCAAGUGCAGUCAUUCGACUCGAGCACACUCUUCGAAUAAAGUCAGCAGCAGGCACAGCAACCAAGGUUGACGUUACCAAUGUGGCCAGAGCCACAGACAUCAUGCUCCGCCUGUAUCGGGGCGAAUGGCCAGCUAGUCCAGACCGUCACAAGAUUCGCUUCUUCCAACUUCGAGCACUAUCCCGCAUGCACCGCCUGCUAGCAACCAUUCCAGGCCCAAUGCCCGAAGUUUUCAAACGACUAGAAACACCCGAAGAAAUCACCCCUCACCACAAACUCCCCCUUGUUCCCCCUCAAUCAUUCCACGACAUCUUCUCCGCCAUCGUCGAAACACAAGGCGCCAUCAUCGGCAAAAAAGUCUGGGACCAACACGUCAUCGACUGGCUAUCCCCAAAAAGAUCCCGUCAAGCCCCAGGCGGCGUCUCCAGACUCCUCUUCAGCCACGAGAGAAGCAAAGAAACAGGCCAACCAGACUGGUCCGCAAAAUGGUUCAACGAAAUCCAAAAGAAAUCCACCCUCGCCGACCUAAACACCAUCAGAAUCCUAGCCCGAGCUGCCUCCCGCGAAUACGCCCACAUGAUGAAUUCCCGCGCAGAAGGAAAACGCAAAGGCCAUAACCUCGACUUACACGAUAUAGACGAAACCUCUUCCCCCUCCUUCGUCUACGAUCCCAGAACCCCCUAUAUCCCCUCCAUUUCCAAAGAACAAUACCCCUACCAGCUCGAAGGCGGCCAGCCACCCAGGACAGAACUAGAGUCCAUUCUGGACUUCUGUCUCGAGACUUUCCUCCGCUUUGGUCUGCCAGAGGACCAGAUCGAUCUUGAAAUCCCGGGUCAUAUGCGCCGGAUGCAGAAGAGGAAUAUCUUCUCGUAUCCUUUGCGUAAACCUGUUAGGGAUCGAAUCAAGUCGAACAAUAGUGAUCCUUGGAUUGGAUCUUUCUGGUCGCAGUCUGAGGAUGGUGAGGCUAGGUUCUAA